AUCUGAAAAUCUGGCAUGGGCAUGCGACACUUGACAGCCGCCAGAAUGGGCGUAUUGCCAGUGGGCGUGCUGGGAUUUGUGUUGCUGCAGCUGGUGAUAUCGGUGCAUGGACAUGGUCGCCUCAUGGAUCCGCCGGCCAGGAAUGCCAUGUGGCGCUUUGGCUACCCCAAUCCGGUCAACUACAACGACAACGAGCUCUUCUGCGGCGGCUAUGCGGUGCAGUGGGAGCAGAACAAGGGACGUUGUGGCAUCUGCGGCGAUGCCUAUCACGUGAAGUCACCGCGUCCCCACGAAGCUGGCGGUCAGUAUGGCAAGGGCAUCAUCUCACGCUACUAUACCUCCGGCCAGACCAUCGACGUGGAGGUGGAACUGACGGCCAAUCACUACGGUCGCUUCGAGAUGUUCCUGUGUCCCAACAAUAAUCCGCGUCAGGAGGCCACGCAAAAGUGUUUCGAUCGUUAUCCGUUGCUGAUUUCGGGCAGUCGGGAGCAUCGGUAUCUGAUACCGCGCGAUGCCAAGAAGAAGGAUAUAUUCCGCUACAAGGUGCGUUUGCCGCCAUAUGUCACCUGCACGCAGUGCGUACUGCAGUGGACCUACUACACGGCCAACAUGUGGGGCACCUGUGCCAACGGCACCGAGGCCGUGGGCUGCGGCAAGGCAGAGACCUUUCGCAACUGUGCGGAUGUGGCGAUCGUCUCGAACACCGGCGGCGGCAUUCCGCCACUUUUCGUGAACAACAAGUCGCCAUAUCUGCUCUACUAUCGCGAUUAUCGUGCGCCGGCGGACAACAACAUCUUUCCACUUAUUGUGCGCAAUGCCACGCGGCAUGCACGCAAAGAAGGCACGGCUAAACCGCCUGCCCGCUAAGCAGCUUACCCGAUACCCGCUUUAAACCGCUUACCCGCUACUCGCUACCCGCUACCCGUUCGCAAACCGAUUCGCACACGUUUUUCUAGCCCUACACUCUCGUGCCGAUGGAUUCCCGCCCGAAUCGGGUCAGAGUUCGAAUCAGUGUACGAGUAACGGGCAAAGGUAAAUUAUUCGAACGCCUACAUUUAAGUUUUGAAACGGUUAUGGCACACGCACAGACAUACACACGCACACACACAGACACUGCUGUACAUAAAGAAAUGCUUAAAUAAACUUAAAACCCAUAGAAAUGCUUUUAUAUUGUUUCGCUUAACCGCUUCGCCUAACCGAUACAGUAGCGAAUCGGUUUUUGGUGCUGGGGCGCUUACGGUUCGCAAUACACAUGAAAUUUUAUUAACAUUGAUCGACUUGGCAUCGCUUGGCAUCGCCAGUAAGAAAACAAUUAAUUCGAAAACAUCUGUGUGAAAUCAAACACCGAAUCGGUUCGGUUAUCGGCGUUUUUCAGUGGAUUGGCUUUUGCAACUCUUCUGCUCUUCUGCUUUUCCAGCUGCUUGCACUGCUUGCAGCCUGCUUAUACUGCUUACACCUCUUUGUUUUUUUUUUUGUUCUAUAUUUUUUGUAUUUACUAUGCUUUUGUCAUCUUGGGCUGCUGGAUGAUUGGGGUUCGUGGCUCAGCAGCUGACAUCCGGAUAGGUGAAGGCCAUGAUGAGCACGAGUAUAACAGCAACUUGCACCAUGCCCACCAACACGGUUUUGAACAA